AUUACAAGGCGAGAGCGCAUUCUUGUCAUACGAGCGCGCGAAUCUCUCCGCUCGCACGCCGAUUUCCUUUGCUCGCGCACAAAACUGGACGCGCGCUUUCAAUUAUACGCUGCUCUCUUAUGAAUGUUCUCUCCUCUCGCUCAGUGAGCGUGUGCGCACUCAAAAUGCGUGCCGUGCGUCCACGAAUCCUUUGGUACUCUUGCUCUCGAGACGUCCUCCUGGCGUGUGCCAGGCAUUAUAGGCUGUCAAAAGUAGUCAACCAAUCAGGGAUAGGCUUCACGGCGGGCCAAUGAAAACGCGACCUCUUACAUGCCAUCUUAUUGGUUGAAAGUGACUCGGGGUAUUCAACGACGCAAGAUGGAUCCACCACGUUCUCAGUCCAUUGAUGAAGCAACACGUCAUCUGAUCACUUUAAUAAGUGACCAGAUGCGCUCAGACAGUCAGCAACAGACAGGGCAGCAGCAGCAGCAGGCCACUGCACAGCAAAAUCUGCCAACUUUGCAGCCAUUGCAGCCAUCGACUUCUCAGCAGCAGACGGCAGUUCAGAGGGAAAUGUCCAGAUCUUUCCCAGGUUAUUUUCUGAAGGCUCAGCUGAAGGGAAGAAAACGAGUUCGUUCUGCCUGUAAAGUGGUCAACACAAGCAACAAGACUGCAUCUAUGCAGUUCUAUCUGUUAAAUAAAAAUGUGGAAAGGACACCCACACCCGCAGAUGAACUUAAGCUUCUACUUGCUGGCAUGGGAAGACGUACAGUCAUGCUCCAUGAUAAUGCUGACCACUUACAGAUUACAAGUCACCUGAUGGACCAUUACCCAAAACUGUCUAACAUGACUGGAGGGUGGCUUCUGCACAAGGCUCUUGGUGGAUCAGGACAGAGGAAAUUAAUAGUUGUCCCACCGGAGGCUGACGGUUACAAUACUCAGUAUUUGCGAUCUGUCAGUGGAGGUGGAAAGAUAACAAUGUACAUAGUUCCUCUCCAGCAGGAACUAGACACAUCACCUCUUCCUCCAGAUGCACAUGAGUUCAAAAAAAUGCCAAAAGCAGCCUGCCAGAUCUGUGGUUUGGCUAUGCCACUCCAAGUUUUGGCUGUGCAUGUAAAGUCAUGCGGUACAUAUGCAUCUUCUACUGAGGAUGACGCAGAGAGUUCUUCUUCCCCUCCUGUUUUCACUGAAUCAUCAGCCAUAGCAGAACCAAAUUCAGCAGCCAGCAGUACUGCUCAUAAAUCAAGCCCUGAGUCCUUUCCUCAAUCAACUACUUCUGCAUUGCUCUCAGAAGAACGAACUCCUGGAGCCAGCUGUAGUGCUAUUAAUUCAAGCAUUGAGGUAUCACAGAAACAAUACAACCAGACAACUACUACCCAGCACUAGCAGUUCUUCUUUAUUCAUUAGAAGUGAAGUAAUAUCUGUACAAUCACAGAUCAGAAUUCCAAGAAUAAACAAUGAGAUAUAAUUCUCCCCAUUUGGCAAACAAACUGACAACAUAGGUUGAGUCAACGACGUGUUAGGAUGCACAGGUCACUUAAAACAAAUGAGAGACUGUUCAUGUGAUGUGAUUGUUGAUUGAUGUUUGCAUUGUUGUCUUCGUUUUAGGCUGCCUGUCUGCUCUGUCUCAUCAGAUUUCCAGCAAAUGAACUAGAAAUUCAUGCAAGCUUCUGUGGCGAAAGCAUUUUCGAGGAUUCCAUUACACCUCUCUCUGAUGUGGAUGAUGUUUUUGAAGGACUAGACUGUAAAAUUGAAUGCCUUGAUGAUGUUCUCAAAAGAAUCAGUGC